UAAACAUAACACAAAGUCUUGCAUUUAUACAGUGUGUCUGAACAUUUUCGUGGAGCAAUUCAGUUUAAUAUGCAUUUAGCAACUUUUGGAAACCCUUAACGUUUUGGAAUAAGGAAAAAAAUGCUUCUGGGGAGAAAUCUUGUUGAAAUAUGCGAAUGCAUGCGCGUUAUAUGGUAUCCGGCACGGGUGGCGGACGCGUAAUCGUCAGCGCUGGGUGUCCCGGGAAUUGGGUCCUCGUCCUGCUGCUGCCGCCGCCGCGGCGCAUCGUUAAAAUCACCGGCCUGCAGAAAGAAGCCGCGAACUCUUCACUCUGGGUAUUAGGGAAUACUCGCAUCUUUUUUGAAGAAUGGCACCUAAAACUAUGGAACCAAUAGCAAGACGACUUUUUAAGGGAGUUAUAUUCUUGGAGGUUCUAGGCGUAGCAGGAGCCUACUGGUUGUUCCAUAGAAUGAAUGCAAGUCAAGAGUUCAGAUAUAAAGUAAACAGAAGGUUUCCCUCCAUUUUAGAAGUUUAUUAUAAAUCCAAUGAAUGGGCAGGAAUUUAUGGAGCUAGAGAAAUUGAUCAGGAAACCUGGUCCAGCAAACAUAAUCAAUAAUCAUCCCCUUGGCCCUGAACUUGUUCUUCUGCAUUCGGAGUGUACGUGUAUCUCUGCCUCUGAUCCAGGCGUCACGAUCAGAUUCCCACUGUAGCUGCUUUACACCUGGGAGGGUCAAGCAAUACAUGUUUGAGACUUAGUAGUGAACCACAAUUCUUUUCAUGGGUAAGUUUGCCCAACAUGACUGAAAUCUAUCAAAGUGUGAGGAUGUCUUCUCUUGAUAAAAUAAAAUAAAUGAUCUGAUUUUCACAAAUGUAAAUACAUUGUUCAAAAAUUAAAACUGAUUUAAAAAAAAGUAAGC